AUGGAGGUGGAAAACAACACAGCUCGAGUUACAGAAUUUGUGUUUGUAGGAUUCUCUCCAAAUCCAAACUUUAAAUACCUUCUCUUUAUUGUAUUGCUACUAGUUUACAUGACUGCUUGUUUUGGGAAUAUGCUAAUUAUAAUUACAGUAAUAUCAGACCAUCAUCUUCAUGUCCCCAUGUAUUUCUUGUUAGCCACUCUAGCUUUUCUGGACAUCAGUGAAUCUUCCGUAACUGCUCCUAAAUUGCUUCAAGUGCUUUUCUCCAACCAAAGCACCAUCUCCUUCUAUGGAUGCUUGACACAGAUAUUCUUUUUCCACUUCAUUGGUGGGAUGGUAGUUUUUUUCCUGAUAGCGAUGGCAGUUGAUCGAUUCCUAGCUAUAAGCAAGCCUUUGCAAUAUAUAGUCAUCAUGAACAGGAAAAAACUCUUAGAACUAAUUGUAGGUGCUUGGCUCUUUGGUCUUGUUCACUCUAUAAUCCAAGUAAUAUUGAUACUUCAAUUACCAUUCUGUGGCCCCAAUUUAUUGGACAAUUUCUACUGUGAUGUUCCACAGGUGGUCAAAUUGGCCUGUGCAGAUAUUUACCGGGUUGAGCUACUUAUGGUCUUCAACAAUGGAUUAUUAACUACAGUAGCAUUCAUUGCUUUACUCAUUUCAUAUAGUGUCAUCUUGUUCAAGAUACAAGUUCAUGUCUCAGAAGGGCAGCACAAAGCUCUUUCAACGUGUGCAGCUCAGGUCACAGUAGUAAGCCUACAUUUCAUCCCAUGUAUUUUCAUUUAUGCUCGCCCUUUUAAGAAGUGUGAAAUAGAUAAGACAGUCUCCUUGUUCUACACAGUUGUCUCCCCAAUGCUGAAUCCCAUCAUUUAUACCUUAAGAAAUACUGAGAUGAAAAAUGCUAUUAGGAGGUUAAUGAGAAAAUGCUGA